AUGCGUGCAAAGGCCCCCGAUGCUCCCCUCACUCCCUUCACCUCCUCGGUAGGGCAGUCCGUCAUGAUCAACUCCGUCGACUCCUACCACAUCCGCCUAGCCGUGUCUGGCACCUCCUGCGAUAAAUACCCAGGCGAGUCUCCCUUUUCGCUGAGCCAGGAGAAGCUCCGCAAGGUCGGAAUGCCGUCAAUUAUUCACGCGCGUAAUGUCGCCCGCAAACUCGGUGUCUCUCACGGUCUGAUCUUCAUCGCCGGACAGCCAACGAUUAAUCUCCGCGACUCGGACCAAGCACGCCCCUUCCGGCAGCGACGAUACUUCUACUACCUCAGCGGCGUCGACGAGCCAGACUGCGCUCUUACAUACGAUGUGGGCUUGGACGUGCUGACCCUUUUCGUGCCAGACUUUGACCUCCACCGGGCUAUUUGGAUGGGCCCGACCCUUUCGCGAGGAGAAGCGCAAGACCACUAUGACGUGGAUCGAGUUCAAUACUACUCCUCACUCCUGCCGGAGCUGGAAUCUUGGCUGAGUGAGCGGGUGCAUAAUAGCCUCCUCUACAUGGUCCACGGUUCAGAGAAACCGAAAGGUCUCCCGGAAGAGCUGCCGCUGGACUCGGAUCAGCUAUUGCCUGCCAUAAAUGCAGCACGUGGCGUCAAGGACGAAUAUGAGAUUCGGAUGAUCCGCCAGGCAAAUAAGGUCUCGGGGCUCGCCCAUCGAAGCAUUCUCGAGCGCAUUUCGAAAAUGAAGAACGAAUCCGAAAUCGAAGGACUGUUCCUCGACACCUGCAUCUCGCACGGCGCACGACACCAGGCAUAUCAGAUUAUCGCAGCGUCCGGACCUAAUGCUGCUGUUCUCCACUACGACCGGAAUAAUGAAACUCUCAACAAGAAACCUCUUGUCUGCCUCGAUGCCGGUGCUGAAUGGAACUGCUACGCCAGUGACGUGACGCGGACUUUCCCUCUUGCUGGUCAGUGGCCCAACCAAUACACCAAGGACAUUUACCACCUGGUGGAGCGUAUGCAGGAGGAAUGUAUCAAGCGGAUCCGACGAGGCACCCGUUUCCUUUCUCUACACGACCUGGCUCAUGAAAUCGCCAUCGAUGGCCUGCUUAAGCUGGGUAUUUUGAAAGACGGGACGCAUUCUGCAAUCCGUGCGUCUGGCGCAUCCAAGGUGUUCUUCCCUCAUGGUCUCGGUCACCACGUUGGACUUGAAGUCCAUGACGUCUCCGAGUCUGCAAUCAUGGCUCUUCAUCCCUCUUUGGACGAGGCCCAGUAUGGUCCAGUUCUGAACCCGUCUAUUAGCCGCUCCCCCUGCACACUCUCCGCCCCUCUCUUGGAAGAGGGUAUGAUUGUUACCGUCGAACCCGGCAUCUACUUUUCGCCUCUGGCUCUUGCCAAUGCACGCAAGCAGCCUUAUGCUCGGUAUAUCGACUUUGAUGUUGCUGAUAAAUACGUUUCCAUUGGUGGUGUACGCAUCGAGGAUGAUAUUCUUGUCACUGCUAACGGCUAUGAGAACCUCACCACCGCGCCGAAGGGAGAAGAGAUGCUUGCGAUCAUUCGAAGAUCUACAUAG